AUGAGAGGUAGUCUAGAGCUCACAUUGGGUCGCGGCCCAUGGUGGGUCUACAAGGCCAACGAAGAUAUGGCCAACUUCUACCUUGAAAUUCCGGGCUUCCUUUGGUGGGUGUUCAGGGCUGAACUAGUGGAUGAAUUUGAACGGGUGGUCAUCAAGAGCAAGAACCUCAAUGACCCCAGAUUGACCUUAGCGAAGGCUAAAAUUAAGAAGGGAGAAGAAAUGGCAACUUGUGGUACUGUUGCUGGCACUGUCAACACAAUGUUUUGCAAGCUAGAGUUGCCCUUCUUCCUGGCCGUCACUUGUGCCACCUCUGAGAGCAACCGUGAGCCCAACCUAAUUCUAUAUCACACGCGAAUACCAGGCAAGCCCGACCCGACUGCUCCCUACUAUCUCGAGCAGAAGAAGAGAGACAGAAAUAGCAAACAUUAUGGUCGCACAAUAUGGGCUUCUGCGGUUGCAAUAGUCAAAGUUAAUACCGAUUCUAAGUUGGCCCCAUUUAACUUCGACGACAAGCCUUUUGCAGUGACCACAGGGAACUUCGAACUGCACAGCCUGAGUUGGGAACCAGAUAGCCGAGAUUCUUGUGUGCAGAUGAUCAGUUAUGUGACGGAAAUUCAUGUCUGUCAGCAUCACUGCUUCCUCUUCACCACCUUCAUCCAGGAGCAAUUUGUUUGCUUCAUGAGAUGGGACUGCUCAGGUGCAAUCAUUUUGGAGUUACAUGAUUGGAUGAAGAACUUGGGGGCUCUCCUUGAGCCCUUCUGGUGUCUUGCCCAGAGCACUGAUGAGCAGCUUGGGUAUAAUUCUACUGCCACUCUUGUGAGCACAGGAAGCACAAGCAACUUCACACCGAUCUCAAUGCUGACUUUGAAGAGGAAGCUCACAGAGCUCAAGAUGAGACAUCACUCCAACAAAUGGCUCACAAAAUAUAUUGAUGAUGCAGCUCAGGAUGAUAGGAAGUACCCCUGGGUCAGGGUUAGUGCUUCUGCCUCCUCCAAUAUGACACAGAUUAACGCUUCUCUCCUUUGUCAGAUUAUGUGUCAGGACAUCAAUAAUCCUACCCAUCUCCAUGCAUACUACAUAGCACGGCAUUGUGCUGGUUCUCGGCACUCUGCCUGUGGCUGUGGAACGAAGAACUACAUUGGACUCGGAUUUGACUUCGAGUCAGACAAGAUGCAGGUCGUGUUCAUCAAAGAUUUCUGGUACUCAGAAGGUAUGCGCCCGGAGCUGGAGAAUUAUGCACUGCUCCGUGAGCAUAGGGUGUCAAACAUCCCCUCAAUGCUUGCUGGUGGCAACGUAAGAGGCAUGGAAGGUGAAACAUCACAGAUGGCUGGCAAUCAAGAAUUUUUCUCAAACAACUUGACACGGCCCUCCAAGCAUAUCCACUGCUGCAUCAUCAUGAAGGAGAUUGGUUGCCAUUUGGAGACAUACAUGGAUCAGGUGGAACUUCUACGGUGCACUCAUGAUACCUUUGAGGCACACAAGCUUGCAUAUGAGAGGGCAAAGCUUCUACACCAUGACACCAGUGCAGAGAACAUUGUUAUCAAUGUUGUGACUGGCAAAGGAUUACUGAUCGACUGGGGUUAUGCCAAGGUUGUCAAUGGUUCAACAGACUCGACCACCUUGGAUCGCUCAGGAACAUGGAUCUAUAUGUCAGGGCCACUGCUCAUGUGCCCCCUGAAGCCAAACCAUUUAUUCGAUGACCUGGAGUCAUUUGUGCAUGUCUUAGAGGUCUUUGGCAUGCGCUUCCACCUGCAUUCUGCCUCCAGCACAUCAGUAUUUAGGUCAGAAGACGGUGAAGAGUGUAAAAUCUUUGAUGCAGCAGCAAAUUCGGAGAACUCUGACUUCACUUAUACUGUCCAAAGCCACUACUACUUGGUGCGGAAACAGGAUGGUUAUUUUGUGGGUGGACCCCUUCCAACUUUGAUCUCAGACUGGUAUUGGAUGCUUUCGCAGCACUACAGGACUCUCGACGAAUGCAGUUGGAAGGCUGUUUGGGGUGGAUGGAAAAUUGAAUUGCCAGUGUCUCAGGACAAGCAGAACUCUGUGAACAGCUGCAUGCUUUUCCAGUUGACACAUGAAGAUCUGGACAGCCCAUGGAGAGCUGUGCUUUCUAAUAAGGCAUUGCUCAACUCUGCGAAGCCAAAGACAGGGGACCAGUUUGAACACCUGCCUUCGGUGGAUGGCUUCGUCUUUGUGGUGGCUGCUACCGGGAGCAAGACAAAUGACGAGUACUCUAGUGUUCCAGACGCAAUUUAAACACGACUCUCACAUGUAGCACUUGGUCUGCAGAGCAUAUGUUUGUUGACACCACAUCGCG